AUACACAUUUGGAUUUGGCUCCCCUCUAUUACACCUUUCCUCCAUUUCUGUGGUGAGAGAGAGAAGGACAUGGUAUUGGUAUAAAGUAUAGACCAAGAGAAGACAUUUGAAAAUUUCCAAGAAAAAUUUAGGGGAACUACAAGGUAUCUGAACACUCCACUUGUCAUUUCCUUGUUGAUUUCUCUGUGUGUCUCUCGUUAGUUUUUCCCCUCUCCCGCCUUCCAUUUUCCCUUGUUUUCCCCCCCACCCCCCACCCCCUCCACCCUACACACACACACAAAAGAAUAAGAAAAUAUACCAACUUAAGAAUAAAGAAAUUAAUCCCUACGCUCUAAAGAUUCAUUCAUACAUUAUAUGCAGAAGCAUACAAAGACUUUUUUGAUAUAUAUAUAUAUAUAUAUACAUACGCAGUUUUAGCAUUUGUAUAUAAUGUUCAAGAUAAUGAAUCUGAGGAAAAAAGGGUGUUUUAUUCUUUUGUCGGUUUUGUUGGUUCAUGUGGUGGGGGGAAAUGUGGUGUUCAAUGUGGAACACAAAUUUGGUGGGCGUGGAAGGGCUGUUUUGAAGGAGCUCAAAGCGCACGACGUCCGUCGUCAUGGCAGAAUGCUCGCCCCAGCGGACUUCCAAUUGGGUGGCAACGGCAAUCCCACUGGUUCAGGAUUGUAUUUCGCUAGGAUUUCAAUUGGGACACCUUCCAAGGACUAUCACGUUCAGGUCGAUACAGGAAGUGACCUUUUUUGGCUAAACUGUGCGGGCUGUAACAAUUGUUCUACAAAAACCACUCUAGGGAUAGAGCUGACACAAUAUAACAUACACGCGUCAACAAGUGGGAAAUCUAUUACCUGUGAGCAAGAUGUUUGUGCUGCUAUGUUCGAAGGAGAAUCUUCAGAGUGCAAGGUGGGAAAGCCAUGCGAAUUUGAGGUAAAAUAUGCAGAUGGCACCAAAGUUGCAGGAAACUUUGUAAAGGAUAGGGUUAAUUUAGAUCAAGUGUCCGGAGACUAUAAAACAUCACCCCUCCAGGGAAACAUAGCAUUCGGGUGCGCGUCUAAACAAUCUGGAGAUCUUGCCGGUUCAUCUAAAAGUGCAGUUGACGGGAUAAUUGGUUUUGGAUCAUUAAACUCGUCCCUCAUCUCACAGUUAGCUGCUUCUGGAACUGUGAAAAAAAAGUUUGCACAUUGCCUCGACGGAGUUAAAGGAGGCGGCAUAUUUGCUAUUGGACAAGUAGUUGAGCCACAUGUAAACUCAGUCCCAUUACUCUCAAACAAGUCACACUACACUUUACCUCUCGACCAUAUUGAGGUCGGGGGUCAAGUUCUAAACAUUCCGACUUACAAAUCUGAGUCGAAGUCCAGUCAGGCAGCGAUACUUGAUAGUGGAACAACCUUAGCAUAUAUUCCAAGCAAGGUCUAUAAGGCUCUCAUUGACAAGCUUAGGGAAAAGCAACCAGAGUUGAAGAUUCAUCGGUUUGAAGGUGUUCACGACUGCUUUAAGUACAGCGGAAAGAUUGAUGACGGUUUCCCAGCUGUAACAUUUAAGUUUAAGGGAAAUCUUUCUUUGACAGCCUAUCCCCAUGAUUAUCUCUUUGAAACCAAAAAUGAAUGGUGUUUCAGUUGGCAGGACGGAGGGGACGUAAUGAAAGAUGACGAUGCCACUUAUUUACUAGGAGAUAUGCUUUUAUCAAAUAAUCUUUUUCAGUAUGACCUUGAAAAAAAGACCAUUGGUUGGACUCAAUAUGACUGCUCUUCGAACAUUAAGGUCAAAGAUGAAACCUCUGGAAAUGUAUAUACAGUGGGUGCUCACAAUAUUUCAUCAGCAUCUACAAUGACUUUUACAUUUUUCUUCUCACUUAUCUCUUUCCUAUGCUAUUUAUUGUUGAAAUGAGAACGUAACAAUCAAAAUCUGCACCACAUUACAUACAACAAAUUCAAUAUUUUUGUAUUUGUAUAAGCAAAUCGAUUUUGGUGAAACUUUUAGGAACCAUUCGCAUGUAUAUAUAUAUAUAUACACUAGACAUUAAAGGA